AAGAGCCAUGACAAACAAUACAGAUAACGAGAUUAUGUCUGACAUUGACAGUUUGCAAAAUGGAAGCUGGUACAAGAUGCCAACGCUUGACAGCGAACUGGACUCGCCAGCAACCCGCCCUCCUCCUUGCGCAGGUGACAACAAUACAAGCUCUUUAGUUCUAUCAAAUAUGAAAAGUAGUUCCUGAUAUGAGCGUAUAUAUUAUAUAUGUAGACUUUAAUGGUUUAUCGCUGAAAGAUAGUAGUCCACCUGCCACUCAUAGCGGAAGAGACGAUGGGAAUACUACUGACAAUGGAUCAGCAAGAGAGAUGAAAAAAAGAAUGGAAAAAGUUGAAGCAGAGAAAGGGCAAAUUAAACCAAUGCAGCUCUCUACCGUGACAACUCAAAAGGAGCUCCAAAACCUGACGACAGCCGAUUUGAGCAACAGCAUCAUCAAUAUUAUACGUAUCCGCAAUCCUCAAGUGCACUCAGUGCGUUCCUCGUGCUUACCCUACUACAACUGGGUGCUCGUCGACCUUUGCAGGAGAAUGAAACUUGCCGAAGUGCGCUUUCAAAGAGAGUUUAAAGAGCACUAUGAAGAACAAUUACGCCGAAAGAUCAUAAUGGAAGCAGCUGAGAAAGUUAAAUGGUCCAUUCACGCUAAAAACGCAUUUGGUAUUACAACUGACAAUGAGUUUUUUGACUUGUUUGCUCCGUUCGUGCCAAAGAAGCGGGAACGCAUCCUACGGGUGGCGGAUAUUUUGGGAGACGAAAUUUGUUGUUUUACAGAAUUCAUCGACAUGAAGAAAAUUGGUGAUUUGACAAGCGAUGAGUUCAUAGCUUUCUAUCACGAUCUUCUCCUGUGUAAGGAGAGGCUUUUAAAGGCAUUGGAACAACUAACAGUAAAGUCCAGUUUCCAUGGCGAUCCGACAAAGUCGUUCAAUAAGGUUGACCUGCUCAACGAUGGUUUUUAGGAAAAGAGCUUACACACAGUUUUUUCUUUCUCCCUUCUCCCUCUAUGUUUGAUUCCAAAAGUUUCUGUUCAAUAAAUGUUUACAUACUUUGGCGCAAUACGUC